CAGUCCAUUGUUUACAAUUUGCAUUGACGAGCGUGCUUGCAUUUUGCCGGAAAACUCCUGGAAAAUAACACUUUUCCUCACAUAUUUCUAGUUUAUUCCAUUCUCAAGAUGUACUCUCUGCUGCACAAGGAGGAGAAUGCCCACGAUGUCAACAUCUGGUCCUGUGCUUGGGGCAGAACGACAUCCUCAAGCCGCAACGACGAUGACCCAGACAACAGCAGAGACUCGAUGGCGAGCGAUGUAGGCGACAAGAUCAGUGACUUCAUCGUGACCGGCGGACUGGAUGACAUCGUCAAAGUCUGGGAUCUCACUGACAAUCGCCUCCGGCUGAGACAUCAGAUGACCGGUCACUCGCUGGGAGUCGUGUCAGUGGCCGUGAGCUCUGACGGGAAGACAAUCGUCAGCAGUUCAUUGGAUUCCAGCCUGUGCUUCUGGAGCUCAGAGACCGGUCAACUCCUGAAUCAAGUCUCCCUGGGACCUGUUGAUCUCUGGACUGUGGCCUUCUCUCCGUGCGACAAGUACGUCAUCUCAGGCUCUCACGAUGGCAAGAUUUCGCUGUACAGCGUGGAGACCGGCAAGCCUGAGCAGGUUCUGGAUCCGCAGAACGGAAAGUUCACCCUCAGCAUAGCCUACAGUCCGGAUGGGAAGUACAUUGCCAGCGGAGCAAUCGACGGCAUCAUCAACAUCUUCGACGUGUCAGCGGGGAAAGUGGCUCAAACGCUGGAGGGACACGCAAUGUCUGUGAGGAGUUUAUGCUUCUCUCCAGACUCCCAGAUGCUCCUCACCGCCUCUGACGAUGGUCACAUGAAGCUGUACGACGUGGCUCACUCAGACGUGGUGGGAACUUUGUCUGGACACGCUUCCUGGGUGCUGUCGGUGUCCUUCUCGGGCGACGGACGAUUCUUCUCUUCCAGUUCCAGUGACAAAUCCGUGAAGAUCUGGGAAGUGGCGACUCGCAGCUGUCUGCACACAUUCACAGAGCACGCUGACCAGGUGUGGGGCGUGAGCUACAGUCCGGACAGCAACAAGGUGGUGUCGGUGUCCGAGGACAGGAACAUCAACCUGUACGACUGCCCCAAGAAUGCUGUGUAGAGUCUUAAGUGGAGCGAAAGAGAUAAAUUGCGUGAAACUGAUUGCGUGCGACUUUACACUCACACAUCAUUUUCUUACAUCACCGCGCGCUCAGUGGCCGCGGAAUCAACACA